AUGGAAAAGUCCACCGUCGCCGCGGACACCAUCCAGCCCGACACGGCCAAAUUCGACGACUUCGAUACCAACCCCAAGGAUGAGCUCAAGAUCAAUGUCGGCGGUCGCGCGGCUACCCAGCGACGCCUGCGGAACUAUCAUGUUACCAUGAUUGGUUUCUGCAGUGGUAUCGGAACCGGUCUGUUCAUCGGUACGGGCUCGGCCUACGCGAAGGCAGGUCCCGCCGGCUUGCUGCUCGCGUAUAUCACCGUCGGAGCGGUGCUGUGGUGUGUGAUGCAGAGCAUUGCAGAGCUGGCGACCCUCUUGCCAACCGCUGGUUCUUUCCCUCACUGGGCGACUCGGUUCAUCGACCCCGCCGUCGGAUUCUCCCUCGCUAUUUCAUACGGAUAUUGCUACACGAUCGCCAUUGCCUCCGAAGUCUCUGCCGCCGCAGUCAUUGUGUCAUAUUGGACGGAUAUAACACCCGCAGUGGUCAUCACUGUGGGUUUGGUAUUAAUCUUAGCAAUCAACUUGCUAAGUGUUCGAUUUUAUGGCGAAUCAGAAGUUAUUGGUGGUGCCAUCAAGGUCCUCUGCUUUUUGGGUCUGGUCAUUGUGUCCAUCGUUAUCACUGCUGGCGGCGGUCCGAACCACGAGACUAUCGGCUUCCGCUUCUGGCACAAUCCCGGUCCAUGGACCAACUACAACGGCAUCACGGGACCGACAGGCCACUUCCUCGGGUUCUUGUCCUCGUUUGUCAACGCUUCAUUCAGUUUUAUUGGAGUCGAGACUGUGGUCAUCUCCGCCGCUGAGUCGGUCGAUCCGCAUCGCGCGAUUCCCAAGUCUGCCCGCCGUGUCACCUAUCGCAUCGCAUUCUUCUAUAUCCUCGGCGCUCUGCUGAUUGGAAUGAUCGUGGAUCCCCGCACCUCGGCCCUGACCAAUGCUGCUUCCAACGCCAAAGCCUCGCCGUUCGUUAUUGCCAUCACCCAGGCGGGUAUCAGCGUUCUGCCCUCGAUCGUCAAUGCCUGUAUCCUGGUGGCUGCCUGGUCCGCCGGUAACUCCUACUGCUGGGUCGGCUCACGCAUGAUCCUGGCCAUGACGACCGACCACCAACUCCCCCAGUUCUUUGGCCGCUGCAACAAGAAGGGCGUUCCCUAUGUUGCCGUCAUUACUUCGUGGCUGUUCGGACCCCUGGCCUACCUGAGUCUGGGAUCGGGAGGUGCCGCGCAGGCAUUUAACUGGUUGUUGAAUCUCAGUACCGUCGCCGGUCUGAUUGCCUGGGCUACGCUUUCUUUCUGUUACAUUCGCUUCUACGCUGGAAUGAAGGCCCAGGGUAUUUCCCGGGAGACCUUGCCCUGGAAAGCGCCGUUUCAACCUUACGCGGCGUGGGUGGGCUUCAUCGGUUCCACCAUUAUCACUUUGAUUGCCGGUUUCCCUGUCUUCUUGAAAGGCAACUGGGAUACGUCAAGUUUUGUGGCUUCGUACAUAGGUAUCCCGAUCUUUAUUGUGCCCAUCAUUGCCUGGAAGCUGUGGCAUCAGACCAAGUUCGUUCGUGCGUCUACAAUUGACCUGUGGUCGGGUCGUCUCCAAGAAGGAGAGAUCUCACCGCGCAAACCUCCCUCCAACACUCUGUGGGGUCGUUUUGUGGACUGGCUUGUAUAA